UGUUCUGUGGUAAACAGGUUAUUGUAACUAGUAGAGAAAGCGAGAGAGGGAGAGAGAGAGAUAGAGGGAGAGAGAGAGAGAGAGAGAGAGAGAAAGAGAGUGAGUGGGACACUGCAGAUCGCGCCGGAUCAUCAGAAAGGGGGCAGCAUCUUCUUCUUCUCCUGAUCAUCUUCCUUCUCCUCUCUCCACAACCGGGCAGCCGGGCACCGACCAGCCGACCCACGGGGCGACGUACCCGGGGGAUCAUGCCCGCAGAGCGGCUUCAGCCGGGCCCCGGUUCGGCUUUUCCACUUCUGGGGGGAUUUACGCGGACGGGCGGAAGGAGAGUCCCGGUGGAUCGGCAGCGCAGAGAGCUGUGAGUCGGAGUCGGUGAAACUGGAAAACUUCAUAUCUGUAGCAGAUUUGAGUAUUUUAAUGAACAUGGUGUCGUGGAGGGGAUCACCCCGGGCAUGUGCUGCUGCUGCCGACCGCCGCUGCGCACCGUGACGCGCCAGGGAGGGACCCCGGCGGCUUCACCUGGAGAGUCCGGGGAGGGAAAACAAAAUAACAUCUCACUACUUCAAAGAAGCUUCACGGUGGAUUUUGCUCGUGUGUGUUUUUAUAUCCGGGAGAUGUCCCCCAUCUGCGGUCCCUGUCUUCAUCCCGGUCGGACUGGAAUGGACGUGGCGCAGUGAGGACGCACCCGCCUGCGGAUAGUUUCGGACUUUCUGGUUCCCCGUGCGGCUCCCGGCUCUCCCUCAUGCAGCUCCUCCGGCUGGCCUGGGCUGUGACUGCCUCUGCGGUCUGCUUCCUGCUGCUCCUGAUCCUCCACAACCAGGUCCUUAGAGAAGGUCAGCUGGCGGCGGGCACCUGCGAAAUCGUCACUCUGGACCGAGACAGCAGCCAGCCGAGGAGGACCAUCGCCCGGCAGACGGCCCGCUGCGCCUGCAGGAAGGGACGGAUCGCCGGGACGACGCGAGCCAGACCGGCCUGCGUGGACGGUCGCAUCGUGUGGACCCGUCAGUGGUGCGAGAUGUCUCCGUGUCUGGACGACGAAGGCUGCGACCUGCUGGUCAACCAGUCGGGCUGGACCUGCACUCAACCGGGGGGGCGGGUCAAGACCACCACAGUCUCCUGACAGCGGCGGCGAAGACAGGCGCUUUCUGGAGAAAGACCGUUUCCCAUCGUCCAUCACCGUCACCGCAAAGGGCCGACCAACCAAUCACAAGCCCCCCUCAGAGCCAGGGACGGGCCCUCGUCAAUUUCUGUGUCGCGCUCGGGCCGACCUGAUGAAACUGCGGCCGGACUUUUCCUGGAAAUAAAAUGUUUAUUUUCCAGGAGAUGUGAUGCUGGAUGGACUUUUUGUGAGACUCAAAACUUUUCACAGACCAAAGAUGAGCCGACUAUGAGGUUUUCACCAUACAUAUGUAAAGAAAUGAACACGUUGUGAUAUUAUACAGUCUAUUGUAACUGAGCAAACAUGUGCAAACAUGUAAAUGAGUUUCUGUUGGGAAAUUCAUCUAUGUGCUGUACAUCAGUUGGGUGGAGAAGGUGAAAAAUGUCAUCCGCCAUUCAUGGUUGGAAUAAAACUAGCAAAAAACAUGAAAACGUGGCGGAAUUUAACUAUAAAGUACAACCAUAAACUCCACUUCAUUUAUUGGACGGCUACUUUGAAAACGGGCUCCUGCUGAACAGCUGAGGUUCCACCCUUUUCAUAUGAGAGUCCAAGUCCUGUUUCAUUAGGAAUGUUGAAAAAGUCACUGUUCAGUCAGCCUGAUUCUGUAGGGUUCUUUCAGAGAUAAAACCUUUGGAUUGUUAAAGGGUUCUUGGUAGAACCCCCCGGGUCGAUUCCCAAUGAACUCUUGAAAUAUAAAAAGCUUCUCAGUAAAAAAGAAACCUGGGUAGAUUCUUGUUAGCGCCAUUGGCAGGUCUAAACGCUUCUGCAUAGAAUAUCAGACAUGUGGACUAAACCAUUGCACCAUAGAAAGAUGCUUUGUAAUACCUCUCAGAUAGUUUUGGGUACAACCCUUUGUGUUGGUUUAUCGGUACAACCUUCUCAAGGGUUCAAUGUUGAAACAAGUCAAAGAAUUCUAAAUGGUUCUUGGAAAAAUAUUGUGGUCUGUUCCCACGAAGGAUUGCCUGUAGAACCUCUUAGGGGGUUCUCGGUGGAACCUUUAUGCUGGUCCCAUGGUAAAACCCUCAGAAGGUCCCCGCUCCAACCUUCACAAAGUUUUCAAACAGGGUUCUUAUUUGAGUAGAAACAAAAGUUUCCAUUAUGUUUCUACUUUGUUACCUAACUUUAGAAGACUUCAGUCUACAUAAUGGGUCAUGGGAACGAGCGGCGCCUCCUGGUGGACAGAUGUAUGUCUACGUCCAACUUCUAAUUUAUAUUCCCAAACUGUUUGGUGUCAGUUUGAGUUCUGGAUUAAAUUUCUCCUCCACCAGACUGCGUCAUGCCUCCACUCAGCUUUUACAUCCUCCGCUGCCACGUGGGGACGACAUGCCGUCGGCUUGGCAGGUUUUGAUGAAACGGGCAAAGAAUUUCACAAAAGAAGCAAAGCGGUCAUGUCUGUUUCAUGCGGUAGGAGAAGCAUUAAAUGUAUUUUCAAAAGCCUGAAGUUCCAUAUUUAACUAUUGUAUAAGUUGUAUCUUUAUCGCCCGAAGUUGGCUGGGAUGGACUCCAGCCCCCCCGCGACCCUGUGUGCAGGAUAAGCGGUUUGACAAUGGAUGGAUAAGUUGUAUCUUUGUAGAGAUGUUUUAUUUAGUACAUGUCUGACGGCAAAAAUACAGAAAAGUUUUUAUCCCACUUUCUGGUCAUCCUUUGUAAAAGUUUUCAAUGCACAAUUACCUUUUAAUACCAUAACUUUCGGUUUGCUGGUGAACAAACCUCAUUGGCUCGGUUGAAUUUGCAAAUCAUACAUUUCCUUCAGCUGUAAAUGACAAUAAGAUCCAAGUAAUUAAUUAACAAUUAAAUCAUUAGUUACAACAUAUAAAUCUUUUUCGUGAGCAAGUGGCGUUGAGUUUUCCUUCAGUUAUUGUAGUUUAGCAAAUCCCAGAAUGCAGUGCGUCUGUAGGUCCUUGCCUUAUUUGAGUCUCCGUUGACCAGAGGAGAUCCACUCAAAGUCUCUGUUUCCUCUGCCACUAUGAAGUUUUUCAUUCAACAGAAAACACCUCUGGGCCUCAUCUCAAAGGGUUUCUUCUCCUGCAUCAAACAAGUGUGCAUCAAGGUGUCUUAACCCCGUUCUUGGGCCUCUAUUGAACAUUCAUUUCCAUUCAAUUCUCAAAGUCAUCUUAUGGUUUUAUGGAAACCUUUGGAAGAAAACUGUGGCGUUUCCAUCACCUGGUGGUCAGAUGUUGGCGCUUUAGGUCCCAGUUCAAGCAUGGCUGCAAUCUGCCAAAUAUCAAAAAAGAGAAAUAGGCUUGAGAAGCAGAACGUGUUUUAAGAUAACGGCUGAUGCUGGCUGGGCUUCUUUCUGCCGCUUUACAAUAAAAGCAUUCAGCCGGAUUUGCAAACAAGCAAUCGGAAGGCGAGUGUAAUGAACCACACUCGCUGGUUACCGCGGCAACCACGUCACAACCCAAUCGACCGAGACUGAAGUCUGAAGGUUUACGGGAGUUGAAAAGUACUUUAGGGGGAGAGCAGUAAACACAGUUUCAAAAAUCUGCUCCCAUUAAAACAUUGAAAUGAGUUGAAGUGAAGCAAGCUGCUACGAUGUUUAUGACUAAAAGUGAGCGAUAGAAGACCACCACAGUGUAGGAUGUAUACACUAACACACUCAUGUAGGUGAUUUUCCAGAGACUUCUUAUCUGUCUGAAGGGUGUUAUGGACUCUGUCGUCUCCCGAUCAAAUAUAAAGCCUUCCGACAUUCUCCUGCUGAAUUCAGUGACUGAAUGAAUCCAGACCUCAGAUGAACUAAAAAUACUGAGCAGAAUGUGGGCUGGGCUCUCUAAGGCUUCAUUGCUCUUACACGCUGCUUUUUUAUUUAUUAACUUCAUAUGCUGGCCUAGUUCUCUCCCUCAGCAUAUUAGCCCACUUUUUACAACGAGAACAGGAAUUCACCAGAAGAUCACUUUAAUAAGGUGCAUUUCUUUUCUAUGAAUCUUGUGUUCUGAAUAUCUCAUUACUACUUCCUGCAGACUUCCUCAACAAAUACAGAACUUCACCCUCCCCACUAAAGCAAAGACCGUUAAAAUGGUCGUAAAAUGAGUUAAGAAAGUUUGCAGCAGCUCACCUUAAACCCCCCCCCCCGACAUUACACGACAUUGUGUAUUGUCGUGGCUGCAGGGAGUCGAGCUGAUGUCAGCAAGUCGUCAUGCUCCAUUUAACGCCACUAAAAGCCUGAAUACAUUCACAACUUCUGUUACGACUGCGGGCUCCGUGGACAGCAAGGUCGUCCUGCAACCAGAGGGGCGGCGGUUCAAUCCCGUUGUGUCCGAUGUGUCCUUGGGCAAGACACCUGACCUCCGGCAGCUGUGACAGCGCUGUGUGGACGUGAGCGUCCCGAUGUACGAUGGAUCACUGGAACAGUGCUGCAUUUAGCAGACAUAUGCGGUGUGUGUGUGUGUGUGUGUGUGUGUGUGUGUGUGUGUGUGUGUGUGUGUGUGUGUGUGUGUGUGUGUAACUGAAGGAAGGAGAAUAACCGUGAGUAUUUCUUUAGCCUCGGGGCUACUAAACCACCGUCACAGCCAAACUUGACAGUGUCUUUUGCAGAACAUGUUGUUCCAGAAGUGUGGUGGCUUAAUUAUAACUUAAUAAAACAUUCACUACCACAUAUAGACAGCUGGAGAAACCAUAAUUGUUCAGUCACAUUAAACUGGUGGACUAAUGUUCCCUCCCAUGUCUAUAAAAGAGAAGCACAGAAUGUAGAUAUAAGAAAAUAACAUUUAGUUCACACAUUCACAUCGCUAUCAGGAUGAAUUGGAAUAAAUGUAUCUGACUUGUUAUUUUGUGGAAUCUUUCAAAGGUCCAACGAGAAUGUGUGUUUUUUUUUACUCAAGGAAAAACAUGGCUUUGCUUUUUAUGGUCAAAUGACUCUAAUUGUAAUCAACGUAUUUCAAUUUGAUGUAUGUAUAUUUUAUAUAUUUUUUAAAGAGCCCGCCCUUUUCCAAACCGUUUCCACUAAUGGUUUCUCAGGUGGUUCUGUGUAACAAAGCAAUUUGUGGGUGGAAUUGCACCUAUUCAGAACGGAAUGCAUUGAACAGAUGCAAGUAUAUUAUCAUUGUAAAUAACAAUGUUCUCUUGUAAAUGUGUUAUAAUAUCAUGCCCCUCUCAUAACUCUGUUAUUCAUUCGUUCCUCCACCUAAAGUCGUCCUGAUGCGCGUGUCAUUAAAUUGGAAACAAUUGUAUUCUCUUAAUUACUUUUUUUGCGACACAAAGUUCAAAGAUGACAACGAUUUUGCCAGUUUGGUAAAAAUAAAAGUGCACCAUAUUCCCUG